CACUUCCGCUCUAGCAGUUUGUAAACAUAGCGAAAGGAGAGAUGGAGUCGACAAGAGGUCUCACCUAAAAAUAUUCCUCAGAUUAGAUUUCCACACACACACAGAGGGUGAAGAGUGUGUGUGAGGCGUGAGGAGCGGACCUGCAGGGACAUCUGGAUAUUCCGUUUAAACCGGAACUGGCUUUUUAUUUUCCUUUCGGGAAAAAAUAUCUAACGCUUAUCUCCAGCUAGCUGCUGCUGUUUGUGUCCUGACUAGCUGCUUACAGAGACACACAGACACACACACACAGGCAGAGACACACAGACAGACAGAGAGAGAGAAACAGACAGACGGCGGUAAAUUUGUGACUUAUCCGGAGUUUAUUUGUCGCUGGUUUUGUCUCCUGCUCGGCUCGAUGGGGAACUGUCUCUCCUCUCAGAGUGCUGAUGAUCUGUCCCUGCUCAACGAGUCUGAGGGAGCCAGUCUCCCCGGAGAGCCUCCACCUCCCUAUCAGGAGCGUGUGCAGGUGCCCGUGUACCACCCCACGCCCAGUCAGGCCCGUCUGGCCACCCAGCUGACGGAGGAGGAGCAGGUCCGGAUCGCUCAGCGCAUUGGCCUCAUCCAGCACCUCCCACGCGGCAUCUUCAACCCGGGCUCCGAACCCUCCGACAAGAAGAUCAAAGAGUGUGUGAUCUGUAUGCUGGACUUUGAGUACGGAGACCCAAUCCGGUUCCUGCCGUGCAUGCACAUCUACCACGUGGACUGUAUCGAUGCGUGGCUCAUGCGCUCCUUCACCUGCCCCUCCUGCAUGGAGCCGGUGGACGCUGCGCUGCUGUCCUCCUACGAGACCAACUGAGCCGCGCUCACUGCCACCGAGACACGCCAGCACGGGGAACAUGCCAGUCGAGUCAGCCGGGGGGGUCGUGAGGGGGGAUUAAGAGGGCAGGAGGGGUGUGUGUGUGUGUAUGUGUGUCUGCGUAUGUGUGUGUGUGUGUGUGUGUGUGUGUGUGUGUGUGUGUGUGUGUGUUUGUGUAUGUGAAGAAAUGAUUGAGUGUUGGUUAGAGGAUAUACAGAAGCUGACCAGACUGGCUUAAGGGCAAACCGAGGCCUCAUUUAUGAUCAUUUAUUGGCCGAAUGAUUACAUUUAAAUGUGGUUGAUGAAAAGUGAUCACAUAUUUAGCCAAUUUUCUUCCCAAAUGUGCAAUACACACACAGAGGAAGAAGCCGUCCAUGUCUGAUCGAGCCUCUCCUCGUGAAGGUGUGCCCUGGCUAGGAUUGAUGGGCUCGUGUCACAGCUUGUGGCUGUGAAUAUCCUGCUGAAGCACAGCGCUCUUUAAUUAGAGACAAAUUGAAAAUGUGAGAAGCGAACGUGCCAUGCCUGACAUGUCUGUCUAAUAUAUAUUGCACUCCACACUUAGGUCUGCUUUCGUUUUUUUUUUCCGUUUUAUAGAAACAGCACGAUGCAGGGAUUAAGGUUUUCUUUAAUCCGCUCUAAAGCACCUCAUUAAACUCGUCAGAUCUUUAACAAGUUGAAAUAGGAAUACGCGUGUAGAAAUAGGAAACACUAAGUUUGUAGGGAUGCACCCAAAUCUUGGGAGAAAUAGUAAAAAUGCUGAAAAAAUGCCGUUGUUCUGUUUCUGUUUUAAAAAUUAUAGGUGCGGUUUGUAAUUUGUAUAAAACACUUCCUAGAUUUAUAAUAAGCCUAUAAUUUCAUAAAUAUCGUAGGAAAACUGUGAUUCAGUAUUAUCAUGCAGUGUAAAGUGGCCAAUUUUUAUUCAUUCCAGGCUUCUGUUUACAGUUUUCCGGCCCUGAAAUUGGCUCCGCCUCCAUCCCCAACAGAACUGCUCAGCCACUUUUCUUUAAACAUUUAAAGCUCACAGGACAUUUACCUUAUGUUUUUAGCAACGGGGGUGGAAUUGAUUAGGGGAAGGAAAAGGCGUCUCAGUGUUUGUAUUAUAAUUGCAAUUCAUCGCUGAAAUUUUUUAAACUGCACCUUUAAAUACACAAACAUGACAAUUUAAUGCAAAUCACUAUGUAAAUAGCAACUUGUUGAGUCAGGUGUGUUGCCAGAUUGGGCAAGAUUCCUCUUCUAAUCAGUUUAUUCCUUUGGCAGGUAGUUGCAUUUCACAGCUUGUUUUUCUUCCUAGUAUGUCCUGAAUUUCAGUUAAGGCCAAGAACCUUUGUUCCGAUGCAUCCUUGCUGUGGGUUUUUCUAGAAAACUCUGACGUGGACUUUGCAGAUAAACCCAUAAGGCAGAUGAUAAUGUUUGGGUAAAGAUGUUCACUUGUUGUGUUGUGUUGUGCUUUGUCGUGGAACUUGGUUCCUGUGCUGCUGUUUUCUUCGCUCUCGAGUUGCUAGAUGUUGUUUUGUGCGAAUUUAAGAUCUCAGAUCAGCGUAAAAAUCACAUCUCUACUCCGAAACUCUGUAUUUUCUACUAUUUUUCUGCCUUACAUAUAACGUACUGUACAUGAAGCUCUUAAUCCACUUGGCUGUGAACCUUCACCUGCAGUCGUUUUGUUGUGUGUUUGUGUGUUUGAAUGUUACACUGAGAGAUGUUUGGAUGAUACAAUCAUCUUUGUGCACCUUUUGAAUUUGCUCGGCCAGCAAGAAGCCAACGUCGAGAGAGCUGAAGCUUUAAAGUGAUUCUCCUUCCUUUUUGUAAUGGUUUUUGUUUUUGAUUUGUUUUUUGAAAGAGACAAAAAAAAGGACUGAAAAUUCACGUCAUUAAGUGCUUCUCAGUUUUGAUACUGCUUGAUGUAAUGUCUUUUCUAUCUGUCGGCAAAACAUAAAAAGAUAUACAAAUUCCUUUUCUGUUCUGCGUCACCCCGUGAGACAUCUAUGCUAAAAGAAAAAAAAAGACUGGUGAUUUGUAUUUUUCAUUAUUUGUUCAUGUGCAGGGCUGAAAAGAAUCCGGUACAUUGUACUAAUCUGUGUGAUUAUAUAAGCACUAAUGUAUAGAGGCUGAGUACAGAACACUUACACGCCAUGGAUUCACAUAUUUUAUUUACUGUUUUCCUGUGAUAACCAGGUCAUUUCAUAUGUUUACACAUGAUCUUGUGUUAUUAACGUCAUUAUCACAAGAAAACAAACAUUUAAAAAAAAAAUCCUGUUAUAACACCAAUUUGAUCUCUCAUCAUCUCAGAUUGUUGUGUCAUUAUCUCGGGAAAACAACGUUUUGUUCAAGAUCUUAAACGAUGCCAUUAUCAAGAGCAUUUCGAUUUUUCCAGAUAUUAUAUUAUGUCAUUGCUAAGGAAAUAGUUUUGUUCUUUUACGAUCUCAGAUGGUUUUGUGGAAAACCUUUUGUUCUUUAGAGAUUUUAGACUGUUGUGUCUAUCUUGAGAAAACAUUGUUUAGUUUUUUCACGAUCUCAGGUUGUUUUAUAGUUGUCUCGGGAAAGCAUUUUGUUAUAUCUCAGAUGCAGGUGUUGUCAUGAAAAAAACAACGUUUUGUUCUUUCAACAUCAGAGAUUGUUGUGUCGUUAUCUCGGGAAACCGGCAUUUUGUUAUUUUAGGAUCUCAGAUUGUUGUGACAUUAUCUUGGGCAAAAUGUUUGGUUUUUCUGAGAUAUCUGAUUAUUGUGUUGCUAUCUUGGAAAAACAAUUUUUUUUUGUUCUUCUCGAGACCUCAGACUGUUGUUAUCUCUGAAAAACAUUUGGUUACUUUAAGAACUCAAAUAGUUUGUUUGUUGUUAUAUUGGAAAAACAGCAUUUUGUUCUUUCAAGGUCUCAGAUUAUUGCGACGUUAUCUCAGAAUAAAAACAAUGCUGGGUUCUCUUUGAGAUCUGAAAUUGUUUUGUCGUCUUGGGAAAAUGUUUUGUUCAUUCAAGAUCUCAGAUUGUUGUGUUGUUAUCUCUGGAAAGCAAUGUUUUGGGUCUUUUUUUUUUUUUUAGAUUUCAGACUGUUGUGUCAUUUUCUUAAGAAAACAUUUUGUUUUUUGAAAAUCUUAGAUAAUUGUGUUGUUCUGUUGGUUCUUUUGAGAUCUCAGAUAAUUAGUUUGUUAUCUUGGUAAAAGAAUAGUUUGUUAUUUCGUGAUCACAGAUUGUUGUUGUUAUCUCGGGAAAAUGUUUAGUUUUUCAAGAUCUCAGAUUGUUGUUAUCUCGGGAAAACAGUGUUUACUUUUUCAACAUCUCAGAUUGUUGUUGUUUUCUCUGGAAAGCAGUGUUUACUUUUUCAACAUCUCAGAUUGUUGUGUUGGUAUCCAGGGUAAACAAUGUUUUCAUUCAGGGUUUGAGAUCGUCUGAGAUUUAAGAUCUCAGAUUUUUCUCUGUCUCUGGAAAACAGUGAUUGGUUGUUUUUUAAAGAUCUCAGAUUGUUGUGUUGUUAUCUUGGGAAAACAAUGCUUCUCAGAUUUCAGAUCUCAGAUUGUUGUGUCUUUAUCUCUGGAAACCAGCACUCGUUAUCUCUUUGUAAUGGUAUUAAAUAACUCCUUACCUUGUGAGCGCAGGAGAAGUGAGUAACUAAAAUAUGUGAAUCAUUUUUAGGGCUUGCUUUAAUAAAAUAUUGCUAUAGAACUAAUCUCUUAUGCCUAAAAAAGCCUGAAUUCAGCCUGAGGAGAACAUAAUAAAAAGAAAGUUAGCUUCCACAGAUAUGAUUCUGUCUCAGACGAGAGCAGAUGUUGCUUAAUGAAUGUGUGUGGAGGGAAAACAGAAGUCUGUCUGGCUGAGCGUAGCUGAAGUCUUUUCUUUUUUUUUUUUCUUUUUUUUUUUUUUAUAGGACAUUAUACUACAUGUUUCAUUGCAAGUCAUCUGAAGUUGAAUAUGUUUAAAAAUGUAGCUCUAGUACAGACUUUUCUCUUUUUUUUUUUCAAUGCAAAAUGACAAAAUAGUGAUUUAAUGAACUCAUGUGAAGUACAAUCAUCUUUGUUUUUCUUUUUAACAGAAUAUAUGACAUGGUUUGAUGCCAAGUUUGCUUCAGUAAUGUGUAGUACUGAAUCUGGGCUGCUAGAUAGGGAUUUUAAAUGUGUGUGUGUGUGCAUUUUGUACAUGUGCAGUGAUGGCACAGCUUUUAGGAAUAUGUAAACACCAUGAUGAAGAUGAAUAUGAUGAGGCUGAUGAUGAUAAAUGAAUAUAUAAGUAAAUAAAUAAAUAAACAAAUAAAUAACAAUUCUUCCA